AUGAAUCAUUUGGCAUCUGGGUUCUCAUUGGCUGAUUUAUAUCCUUCCGUCAAACUCCUGCAAGUGUUGAAUCCCACAAGGCAUAAGAUGGAGAGAGGACAGAAGCAAAUUGAUGAAAUUUUUGGAAGCAUUCUCAAAGAACAUAAGCAGAAAGUGAAACCGGCAAGUGGGGAAUCAAGUGAAGAUCUCAUUGAUGUUCUAGUCGGCAUUCAACAACGAAAGGACUUCCAACCUCAAUUGACCAACGAAUGCAUCAAAGCAGAUAUUUUUACUGCUGGAAGUGAGACAUCAGCGAUAGUUAUAGAAUGGGCGUUGGCUGAAAUGAUUAAAAACCCUGAAGUUAUGGAAAGGGCACAACAUGAGAGCAGCCUUCAGAGAAUUAGGAAAUGUUGA